AUGGGGUUGUCCAAUAAGUCGGGCUGUGAGCUCUGCCCUCCAGGGAGAUAUUGCAGUUCCUCUGGACUGGCUGCUCCCACUGGGGCCUGCACUCCUGGUUACCUCUGUAUCCAAGGUUCUGUUUCUGCCCAGCCAGAGGAGGGCCCAACAGGAGGCCGCUGCUCUGCAGGGUCCUAUUGCCCUGAGGGUACCAGCUAUAUGGUUCCCUGCCCUGCAGGCACCUUCAGCUCCAUAGACGGUGCAGUUUCUGUAGAAGUAUGUCAGUCCUGUUUGCCCGGCCAUUACUGCGCUGAGGUUGGCAUCUCCUCCCCAUCUGGGCUCUGCAACCCAGGCUUCUACUGCCGAGAGGGAUCCAGAAUGGCCACACCUUUGGGUAAUACCACAGUUACAGGAGAUACCACAUCACCAUCCCCACUUCCUGGCAAUUCAACCCUGGGUCAAUUCCAUGGUGGUGUGUGUCCUGCAGGCCACUAUUGUCCUAAAGGGAGUGCAAAGCCAAGGCCCUGUCCUCCAGGCACUUUCUUGGGGAGGUCUGCAGCGGAGUCGGAGGCUGACUGUGAAGCUUGUUACCCGGGUUUUUACUGCCCCUCGUGGGCUCAGACCUCUGCUGACCUCCUCUGUCCCCCGGGGUGGUACUGUCCAACAGGAUCAGUGUCUGGACAUCAGCCAGAAUAUCAGUGCCCGCCUGGCCAUAUGUGCCCAGGUGGUAGUGCUGAGCCGGCCAUCUGCAGCCCUGGCACUUUUCAGUCUUCAUCUGGGCAGUCCACUUGUACCACCUGUGCACCAGGUUUCUACUGUUUGGAGGGUUCAUCUGUGCCAUCUCCAUGUCCGAUGGGCAGUGUCAGUCCGUCAGCUGGCAGGAUGUCCCUGACUGACUGCUCCCCCUGCCCCUCUGGCUCCUUCUGUAACAGCAGUGCUCUGACAGAGCCGUCUGGACCCUGCAGCCCAGGACAUUUUUGCUCCCUGGGGUCCAAUGAGCCUUCCCCUGUCUCCCAGCCUUACGGAGAUGUUUGUCCCAUGGGACACUUCUGUCCUCAGGGUAGUGGUUCACCCAAAGCCUGUCCUGUUGGCAGCUUCCUCCCAGAGCCUGGAGCCUCCUCCCUCUCUCACUGCCGCCGUUGCCCCCCAGGGAAAUACUGCCUCAGUCCUGGAGGGUCACAGCCCACAGGCCUGUGCUUUGCAGGUUUUUUCUGUUCAGGAGGUGCCGAGAGCCCCACACCUCGAGCGAACUCCUCUUUGUUCAGCUGUCUUUGUGAAAUACUGGAGGUUUAUACCACAAAGACAGACGCCGGCCUCUGGAUUCACUAUCUGUCCUGCUUCAAUAACUCCAAUAAUUCUGGGAGGGACGCUGGCUGGAUCGAAGGGGUAACACCGCCACGGGCAGAUUCAGACCAUAUUGUGACUCACUCACCGCCACAUCUCAAGAGUCCACAUUUUGCCUGCUCCACCUACAGAGGAGAUAUAUGCCCUAAGGGUUUUUAUUGCCCAUUGGGCUCUGCCUACCCUCAGCCCUGUGAGGCUGGCUCUUACUGUAACCAGACUGGUCUAGAUGCCCUGGCAGGACCCUGUGCUGCAGGGUAUCACUGCCCCACAGGCUCUUUAAACCCCCACGCCACCCCUUGCCCCAAAGGACACUACUGCCCCCCUGGAACUCCUCUUCCUCUACCCUGCCCUGUUGGAACCAUAAAAAGGUCCCUCGGUGGGUCAGCAGUCGAAACUUGCCAGCAGUGUCCUCCAGGUCACUACUGCCACCAAAGAGGAAAAGCCGAGCCAAGUGGCCCCUGUGCAGAAGGCUACUACUGUCCUGAGGGACAGAGCUCUGAGAGACCACAACAACAUGUCUGCUCAGUGGGACAUUAUUGUGAGAAGGGUAGUGCCAGACAGACUGCCUGCCUCCCAGGCAGCUACCAGCACAGACAAGGCCAAGGCAGCUGUCAGACAUGUCCUGCUGGUUUCUAUUGUCGAGAUCAAGGAAUGACUCUCCCACUCCCAUGUGAGAGAGGAUCUUAUUGUCCCAGCGGAUCAGCAGAUCCACAUCCCUGUCCAGCAGGCACCUAUGGAAACAUAUCAGGACUGGUUGAGGAACGGCAGUGCUCACUGUGUGACCCUGGGAUGUACUGCAAAGGAACAGGAAGGACGUUCCCCAGUGGGCCGUGUGCUGCAGGCUUUGUUUGUGUUGGCGGAGCAUCUGAACCUUCAGCACAAGACAGUCUGACUGGGUUUCCAUGCCCUCCUGGCUUCUUCUGCUCUGUGGGGACUUCUGUACCAAAACCAUGCCCAAAAGGAACAUUCAGUGAGCACAGUGGGCUCGUGGAUGAGUCUCAGUGCCGUAGCUGCAGUCCUGGCUUCUACUGUUCAGAGACCGGCCUCUCUGCAGUCUCUGGACCCUGCCUGCCAGGUUUCUACUGUUUAGAGGGAUCCCAGACUGCUACUCCAAUGUCAAGUAUAUCUGGAGGUGUUUGCCCAGCAGGCCACUACUGUGUCGAGGGCAGCAGUGUACCCUCACCCUGCCCAGCGGGCUCUUACCAGAAUGAGACUGGAGGAAAAGGCAAAGACUACUGCAAAACAUGUCCUCUUGGCUGGUUCCAGGAUUUAUCAGGCCAGAAAGAGUGUAAUCCCUGUCCUCCUGGGUUCCACUGCCAGUCCCUGAGUCCUAGCUCCUCCAGGGGAAGCUCCACUGGAGUCUCCAGCCCUCUGCCAUGCCCAGCUGGCUACAUCUGCCCCAGAGAGAGUCCAGACAGUCAGCCUCUUCCCUGCCCCAAAGGCACCUACAGUCCCAGCAACGGCCUCACCACCACAGGUGAGUGCCUUGUGUGUCCAGUGGGCCAGUUUUGUGGGUCUGAAGGUUUGGUGAGGCCUUCAGGAUCGUGUGCUGCUGGGUUUCUUUGUCUGAUGGGUGCCACAGUGCCGAACCCAACUGACAACAGAACUGGAUCUCUCUGUCCACCUGGGAUGUUCUGCCAACAGGGGCUGACAGCAGGGGAAUGCUGGGCAGGGUUUUACUGUGACUGGGGCUCGAGCAGAGCCGAUAAUGCUUUGUGCCCAGCUGGUUUCUUCUGCCCCAGAGGCACAACAGUCCCAGUGCCUUGUCCUGCGGGGACAUAUAGCUCUGAAACAGGCAACACACAUCAAGACAACUGCACCACCUGUGUGCCUGGGUACUUCUGUCAAGUUGAAGGGACUGUACAGCCUGCACUGUGUCCCGUUGGAUACUACUGUCCUCCAGGAUUGACUCUGGGACUGGAGUUCCCUUGUCCAACUGGCACUGUGCAGAGCCAGCUGGGAGCCUCCAAACCUGAUGCCUGCCUGCUCUGUCCUGCUGGAAUGUUCUGCUCCCAGCCUGGUCUGUCCCAGCCAUCAGGACUCUGUGAGGCAGGAUACUACUGUCCUCCUGGAUCAACCAGCCCCAACUCUACCGAGUAUCAGGGGAAUUCUACCAGAAGUAAUCUUUGCCCCUCUGGUCACUACUGCCCAUCUGGCACUGGCUAUCCACUCCCCUGCCCCACGGGUUCUCUUUCCAUCUCCCGAGGACUGAGGGGUGUGGAUGAAUGUGCACCCUGCCCCCCUGGACUGUUUUGCGACAGGCCUGCUUUAGCACAGCUCUCAGAUAUUCUCCCAUGUAAUGCUGGGUAUGUGUGCUUGGGUGGCAGCUCCAGUUCCACCCCAUCUGAUGGUUCCCAUGGCUACAUCUGCCCUGCUGGCCAUAGCUGUCCUGUUGGCUCAGCAAGUGAGGUGCCCUGUGAGCCAGGCACUUACAGUCCUGCCCCUGGAGCAGCUCACUGUAUAACAUGCCCCAAAGGGACCAUGUGCUCCUCCACAGCUACUCGAGAGCCCUCUAUCUGCCCAGCUGGUCAUUUUUGUCCUGCUGGGACAGCCCUGCCUGAGCUCUGCCCUUUAGGGACUUUCAGCAACCAGACAGGAGCCUUUUCUCCCUCUGUGUGCACACCGUGUCCCUCUGGACUGUACUGUGGCUCAUACGGAGCGUCAACACCACAAGGUCCUUGUUUGCAGGGUUAUUUCUGCCAAGGUGGAGCCAUUGAGCCAACACCACAGCGCACCGACAACUCCUCCAGGAAUGGCCCUUGCCCCGUGGGCCACUACUGUCCAGCAGGGUGCCUCUCCCCACUUCCAUGCCCUCUUGGCAGUAUUCGCAACACCAUCGGAGGGGUGUCCAUGGAGAGCUGCUCUGCCUGUCCUGCUGGUCACUACUGCUCCACCGAGGGUCUGGCCGACCCCAGUGGCCCCUGUGCUGCUGGUUUCUUCUGCCCUUUUGAUUUCUCUUCAACCACUCCAUAUGCCUUCCUUUGUCCCAAGGGCCACUACUGUCCACAAGGCUCUGCCCUGGCCCUGCCUUGUCCUACAGGAGAGUACCAGCCGAACCCAGGCUCAGAUAGCUGCAUCCCAUGCCGACCUGGGUUCUACUGUGAGGAGGCCAUAGUGGGAGAGCCAUGGCCAUGCCCACCACACUCAUUCUGCCCUGCAGGCACAAUGGUGCCUCAGCCCUGUCCUAAUGGGACAUACACUCAUUCAAACCAAGGAGGGCUACAGGAUGAAAGAGAGUGUUUACCCUGCCCUCCGGGGAAGUUCUGCAGGGCUGGUAAGAUCCAGGGUUUGUGCGCGGCGGGUUAUCUUUGCCUUUCUGGGAGUGCCGAUUUCACCCCUCAGGGACCAGUGUCUAAUCUGACCCAGUGCCAGUGGGGCAUGCAGUGUGCUGGACCAUGUCCGCCAGGUUUUUACUGUCCUGAGGGCACAGAGGAGGCUGAAUUGUGUCCUGCAAACACCAUGAGGAGCUCCCCAGGAGCUGCCAGCCUACAGGACUGUCUACCCUGCCCACCUCAGUAUUGGUGUAAACCUGGAGACCCAGUCCUUCAUCUGUGUCCGGUCGCUCAUUACUGCGAUGGUCUGCCUGGCAGUGACUUUAACGGAGGGACAGGACCCAGGCCAUGUCCGCUGUACACCUAUCGAGAUUCCCCCGGAGCGGGCAGCAAGGGUGACUGCCUGCCCUGCCCUCCUGGUUCACACUGUAACAGCACAGGACUUUCGGACUACUCCAGCAGUCCUUGCCCACCUGGUUUCUGGUGCAGUGGGUCUGGACCCCCCAUCCUCUGCCCUGCAGGCACCAAGAGGCCUCUUCCUGGAGCUGCUGCACCCAGCCAGUGUGAGCCAUGUGCAGGUGGGACCUUCUGCCCAGACCCGCGGGCCACAGGGAAGCCUAAUGAGGAGGGGAUCCCCUGCAGUGCCUCCUAUCAAUGUCCCAUGGGUGCAGUCUCAGAGAGGCUGUGCAGAGCUGGCUCAUACUGUGGACCUCAGACUGCUGAGCCUCAAGUCUGUCCUGAAGGGUAUUUCUGUCCGGAGGGAUCUCAGUCCUACCAGACCCCCAAACAACUCUGUCUAUUUCCCUACUACUGCCCAGCUAACAGCUCUGCCAUGAAGUCCUGUGAAGGGGGCUCCAUGCCUGUGAAUACUAGCGGACUCAGAGGAUCCAAAAUCAGCUGCUGUAGUGUGUGUGAGGGGGGCACCUAUCGUCCGUACCUUUCCCCCAUCCCACAUUGCCUUUCAUGUCUGCCAGGUUACUUUUGCCCCCCAGGUACAGACCACUACAAGAGUUUCCCUUGCCCUCUUGGGUAUAUUUGUCCCAUGGGGUCCACCCAACCAAUACCAUGCCCCCCUGGCUCCUUCGGUAAUCUCACUAAUGCUAAGACAAUGGAUGACUGUCAUCCAUGUCCAGUGGGCACCUUCAACCACCUGCCUGCUCAAAAGGCCUGUUUUCCCUGUGGCAGCUCCUCCACCUCACCAGCAGGUUCUUCUUCUUGUACCUGUAUUGGUAAGAAUCGUGCAUUCCAGCACUCGGAUGGUUCAUGUUUGUGCAGAACUGGUUUCAUCUUCUACAAUGAACUGGAUUUUAAAAGCUCUACUUCUGACAGUGAACUGGACUGCCAGCCUGAGGCAAACAGACGGUGUGCCACAGGACACGUACGUCUGGCAGCAUCCAGAGAGUGUGUGUCACCUUCCAUCCACUCCUGUAAUAUCACCUGUGGGCAACAUGGAGGAAGUCUGGAUGUGGAGAUGGGCAUCUGCCAGUGUGAGCGAUACGUGUCCGCUGAAGAGCUUUGCAACACUUCCUGCCUUUCCAGACUACCCCAGCUGUCUGCCCAGAUCUCGCAAGAUGGACACCUGCUGCUCAGCCUUAAAGAAAGAGACAAGAUGGUCUGGGCCAGAACUGUAAUGAAUGUUUUAGGACCAGAUAUCCAUGCAACGAGUAUUGGUAAAAUCCAUUUGGUCCAGUUCGACCCCGACGGGGUGUUUGGUUGGAUUCCCACACAGACAGAGCUCAUCAAUCAGUUUCUGACAGGACCAAUAGAACUCCUGAAUACAAGACCCAGAAAGAAGAGAGACACAGGACAUGAUGAGGAUGAUGAUGAUGCCAACCUAGCUGUCCUUCCUCGUAUCCCCAACCCCAUCGCCUGUCUCUCCUCUGGUGACAUGCUCAUUUUCCAUCUCACCAUCAACCACACUGACCGCCAUCUCAGCCACUUCCCGCUGUACCAGAAGGACCACCUGUUUAACAGUAAUCCCAGCUGGGACUUUGGUGCCUUCAGACGUCUGCAGAUACUCAUGAAGCAGACAAGCUUCAACUCCACCAGGUUUGCCCAUGUGUUUUUAGAGACAGGGAAGUAUGUGUUUGUUGACAGCGCUGUCCCAGAGUGGAGCAUUGUGGUUGUGGUCAGUGAGGAGGGGACAGAGUGUGACCCUCGGGCCUCCGUCUUCCAGCCCAUGACCCCGGCACAGCUGGUUAAGUACGGUAUUGUCAAGCAGCACAGACUCAACCUUCUACCUGACUGGGGAGUGAUAGCAGGGAUCCUGAGUCUGCUGCUGGUUGUCGUUGUGGUGUUGACCACCACAGUGCUAGUUCUGCGACCGGGCAAAACAAAACUUGUCUCCCAGUGGAGGACUAAGCCAAAGUGGCGCAGCCUUGGGGAGCCCUUCUGUCCAGCGGAUUGUGUUUGCAGUGGAGACAGCAUAGCUGUCCCAAGCCCAGGUGGCUUCCUGGGCAGUAGAGGUGUAGGAGAGGGAGCAGAAGCUGAGGAGCCUGCUAUUUCAAAAGGAGGAAGUCUGUCAGGGCGCUGUGAUUUGGAGGAGUUAAAUGUGAAGACUUUGUAUGACAAACUAGAGGAUCAGAACCUGCACAUAGCCUCACAACUGGCUCGACACCGCAAAGACACACAGGAGUUUUACAGAAAUAUUUGUCAGCAGACUGAAACACUCAAGAAUUUCUUCGACAGUAUGGAUCACAAAAAACUGAGUCUUCUUAAGGAGCUGCUCGUCCACAAUGCAAUGAGAGAUAAACCAUCUAACAGCAGUGCAGGAGGCAGAGAUACACAAGCUGAGGCCUCUAUAGCAUUACUGGGAGCUGUGCUCAGGUCAGUGGAAGCUCUCUUAUGCAGGCUGACAGGAGAGGCUUGGCAGAACCAGGAUUUGCCUGGUCCCCUGUACUGUCUCAGCGGUCCUCAUGAUGCCAGAGAAUGUGAACCGCAAGCAGGAUACACACAGCCCGGUGACACCAAUAUGUGCUAUACACAGUUUUCAUCAAUGAAUAUGACCAAAGCAGAGCCAGUCCAUUCACAGAGCACAGCUCCUUGUCUAAGCGACCACAACCUGUCCAAGCUGGUCAGCAUAUCACCUCUAUUCAAGACGCUGCAGGAGAUCCAACAGUCUUUACAGAGCCUUAACACAGCUGAGUCUAGUCAGCCUCUCCACAAUGCAGCUCCAGAGCAUUCUGUCCAGGAGAACCAUGAUGGGCAACUUAUCCCAACUGCAUUGGAUAACCUCUCACCUCAGCACUCUGCCGUUUUCCUGUUUGGCUGCCAGGUGAUGCAGUCACUUGCAAACUGCCCGCUGUUCCCCUCUGUGCUGCUGCUGCUGGCCAAGUCAAUCCCUGUUUCUUCGUCUCCCUCUAACAAGGAUAUGUUGGCACAUUGCUCACAGGACUUUUAUUUCGAUGCAUCCAAUCAAAUCCUUUAUCUGUCAGAGGCAAAGCUUCAGCAUGUGGGACAUUUCAUUGCGACUAUUCUGCAGUCCAUGGCCUACAUAGCAUCAGGAUCCAAACCCCAGAGCUUUAUGCAAGCUCUCCACGAGGCCAUUUCAGCUUUAAGCCUUCAGCUGUUCAACUUCUCUUUCAAAUGGAACACAGCGGAGUCAAAAUUCAACGCUUCAGAUGGGCAGCAUGGGGCAUUGGUUGAGGAAUUUCUCAACAUUACAGUUCCCACUGAAGCGCAGUUCUCUCAGCAGCUAUUAGCAAGCAGACUUCAGAAAUACAAAUAUUUCAAAUUAGAACAGCUCAUCACAAACCUCAAACAGAGUUCAACUGGGGGUGCAGACACAGGCUUACCACCAAAAGGGACACCGAUGCAGAUGUCCUGCAUAGAAGAAGAAAUUGACCGUAUGAAUGAGUCUUUCUUGCAGCUGAGCGUGCAGCUACAGAAGAGAGCUCAAAUGAGCACAUGGCUAAAGGAGAGAGAGAACAGUGCUGGUGACCGUUCUGCGAGGGCAACACCUACAAGCAUGCCGAGCCUGAGUCGUAAUGGAACAGUCCUGCUGGAACUGAAGAGACGCUAUGUAUCACAGCGCCUCAGUGAGCUCCAAAUCACAUUAGGCCACAUCAGACAGAGCCGGCAGCAUGACAGCAAGUCAAAAGACGGGACAAGCAGCAGUAUGAAAGCAGACAGCAGCACCACUCAGCAGGGGCAGAAGGAGCGUUAUCCUGGCAUGGAAGGCUACAGCCCUGCUGACGGCCAGCGGCAGGACAGUAUUCUUGCUAGCAAGAGUCACAGCCAACAAAGAGUAGAGAGCAGAGGUCUCGGUAACUAUAAACUGGAGAGUCAUAUUUCUGACCAGCAGAGGAGUGACACUGUCCAGAGCAACAACCCUGACACAUUGCAGGAUUGCCAGAUGCUAGAGAGCCAAGACUGCUUGUAUCACAGCGUCCCAGGAAAGCAGGAGCUGAGCAGUCAGAUCAAAAUACAAAAUACAACUGGGCAUACAGAUAUUGAUGACAUGUGGGAACAGAAACUGGAUCAGAAUGUGGAUCAAUGCUGAGAAAUAUGUUCUGCAAAAUAGCUCUAUUAUCUGUGCACUGUAUAAUAUUCUUCCGUGUUUGUUGAAGGGUGUUCUGACCGACCUCUGUCUUAAUUACACCAGCUUUAAAACAAUUAAGCUGUGUCCUUUUUAAUUAUCUGUGAUCCUGAACAAAAUUAUUCUCCGGCAACAAGCAGCCGUGUGACACAAUCUGUCAUCUUGUCCAAAUAGUUUCUCAGUCAGGAGUUAAUAAAGGCCUUUUAAGACAGGUCCUGGUCAUUACCAUAUUCUAAUUAAGACAAUAAACUUCUGCUAAAUGAACACAAGGUGAUACUCAUGCUCCCGUGUUCCUGCCCACAGCAACCUCUCGCUCUUGUAGAGGUGACGACCCACAACAUGUCUUCAUGAAUAUUUCAUGUUAAACUACAAUUCUCUCACCUUUCCUCUGUUUCGCAGACGUGCAGGUCAUCUAACUGUUCCUCUCUAAGCCCUUUUUUUAACUGCAGUGAGCUUUGACUAUAACCAACAGCUCACCCAAGUGAAACUAAAAGUAGCAACUAAACUUUAAAUCUUGUUAGGGAAGUCUGUGCUGCACUACUGCUGCCUUCCUCUGGUUCAAUAGUUUAUCCGACGCAAGGGGUUCUGGUUCUUAUAAUAGAAAGUGAGUAUUCCUACAGGGGGCUGUGAGCCAAAUCAGAAGGUCAGAUGGAACAAGUCUUCACUUACUAUCAGUGUUAGCUUAGAGCUCUGUGCCAAGUCCCCCAGGUUGAAUCUGGCAGUGCCCCAUAGCAGUGUGUACAUGUGUGUGUGUGCGUAUGAGGGGUGUGGUUCAGUGGCUCCCUGAGAUUAUGUGCCUUAUCAGUUAGAUUAGCUGCUACGUGCCGCUGAUCUGGCCUGUGUGUGUCUGCCUCACUGUGGGACACGGCAUCAUAUAACUCCACGCUGAGCUGCUCUGGAGCCGUUUGUGUGUGUGUGUGUGUGUGUGUGUGUGUGCGCAUCUUUCUGUGGCGAUGUGCAGUGGUACAUUAUGCUUGCUCUAGUUGUUUACAUCAACAAGGGUUAUUUUUAGUAGGAUUGUAUUUGUGUGUUGUCUGUGAUUAUAUGCAUAGAUAUGUUUAUGUAUGAUGUAUAAAAUUACAUACGGAAUGCAGCUGUUGGGAAUAUUUAAUAAAAAAAC